AUGGACAAGGCGGCCGCAUCAUUACCUCCUCAACAGUUCGCUCCGUUGCUACCAUUAGCGUUCAAGAAUCUAGCCAGUCAGCCAGAUUCAACUGCUCCCCUGCAUAUUCUUUGUAUGGAACAUGUAGUCACCUUCGUCUUUCAUGCAUUCCCAGCAAACUUCCUCGCUGGUUUGGAUAUGGCUUUAGAUGGUUGCAACACUGGCGAAACGCCGCCAGCUCUUCUACAAGUUUUUGUUGAGCGCUUAGGAGCAGAAAAUUACGAAACCCAGAAAGGAAGCUUCGUUUUGGAUGCACAGAAGGCUGGUGAAUGUGCUCUGCUACUAGCGCGACGUCUCAGCGAUGCACGAUCCCGGGCUUCGUCGCUGUAUGCAGUGUGGGGGCGAUACCUGGACUCUGUAACCAGACUCGCCCAACUGUUUCUUUUUAUUCCUGUACAACAAGGCUUUUCUGCUGAGGCUCCCACUAGCAUCGUACAAAGAGAUUUUGCCGAAGUUUUUCAAAGAGUUCUUGCCGUUUUCUCACCUCUUGUUGUGCCAAUGUCUGCUUCUGUACCUCCGUUUUCGCCUUCCAACGAAGCUGAAGCCGAAAUGGUUCUGGACAGAUUCGUUCAUCUUCUUACUGCCCUCCCACAUAAUGGUGCUCUUCAGCCUGGGAGCCAGAAUCUCCCAUCUCUGGUAUGGCAAUUUUAUUUCGAAAAGUUGUCUAUACUAUCGCAUGGAUCUACUCACUUUUUCUCGUUAAUUGAACGCAGUUUUGUACGUAUCCCUUGGCCUUCGUUCUAUCCAUCGGAGCGAGGCCUUGGUGCUAUGGAUGAGUGUCUUGCCAGUCGAUCGCCCUGUUGUGCUCCGUUUAUAGCGCAGGUCGUGGUACGAAUAUUAUGGAAGGAUGUGUUAAUACAUAUCGAGCUGCUUCCUCAGUAUCUUUCGCUUCUAUUCAGUGUUUUGGUACGCAUUGGCUCCACCGCUUCGAAUUAUGUCAAAGUACGCGCCUCGAUGAUGGAUCUGGUCAAAAUGCUUUCUCAACGAAACGAUUGGUCAUCGGUAUCACCUGAACGUGCCGAGGAACUGGCUAAAAUGGUGGGCGUAUGCCUUCCAUACGACUCACUCACCAAUCCAACGGAUGUAGUGGGAGUGCUACAAAUAAUAUGGCGCAAGAUUUGCUGUUUCAUCGUCCGUAAUCCCUACUCGUCAGUUGCUUUACUCAAACAGACGGCUUGGCUACGAACCGAGUGCGCUUUGGUGCUUCGUGGUGGCGCUACAGCUGCACCACCCGCGUACAGCUCACUGAUUGCGGAUGUUGAUGCUUUGUCCAAGCAACAUGAGAAUCUUCGAGCCUUUUCCGUGGUUGCGAGGGAACUUACAGCGUUAUGGAGCAGGAUUUCGGAUUCUAAAUUCGGAGAAUCGUUGGUAACAACAUGGAAUGCUUAUAUUGAUGCAAAUCCCGAGUCACCACUGGUACUUAUGUCACUAAAUACCAUUAUUGGCUCGCUCAAUUCUGACCAAAUAACGACAGCGCUUAAAGUAAUGGAGAAGACUAUUAGAGCGUACUUCAAACGAAAUUGCUUUUCAUGGUCUGAGUUGAUGGAAUGGGCACAAUGUCCAUUGGCAGAUUCUACUGAAUUCAGCAAAAACGUUUCCAGUUCCAACAAAGCGCAUCCUCUGAUGUUAACGACUGCAUGGUUUCUGAAAUUCUUGCCGCCAAGUAAUGAUGUUGCUCAAGCUCUUCAUGGAUUUGUUACCAGUAUUAAACCCAAGCACGUCUGGUGUGAAGCUUCUUUUCUGCUGUUGAUUUGGCAAGAGGUCCGAUGGCUGGCCGACUCUGCAAUUGCUGCCCAUGCCAAUCCCGGCUCUCCUCACGAUGACAGGCUGCAGUCUUUUAUGCGAUGGCUCAGCAAGGUAAUGCUUUCACCCAAGAAGUUCCAAUUCAACCAGGAUUGUACAAUUCUUACAAUUCUCGAGUUGUAUCUGAUGCAGCAAAUGGUGGGGGAUUCGAAGUUACCGAGAGCCUCGGAGAACGCUCCUGUUUUGAACAGCCGAAUCCACGGACUUAAAGAAGCUGCAUCUGUUAAGGCGAACCAACCGUUUGCAGCUGCUUUCAACAUCGCCACACCAUUCUUCGUACAAGUCGACCUGCACCAUAUUGGUUCGGCUCCAAGCCUCGUUCUUCAAUGUUCAAGGGCUCUAUUCAAAGAGAAGUUCUUAUUGGAUACGUGA